GCUAUACACCCAGUGCUAGACACCCAGUGCUAGACACCAAGUUGUAGUCACUCAUUGUUAGACACCCUCGGACAGUGGGAGACGUGCAAGUCAAUGUAAACAUUCAGUGUUGAACACCGUGUGGACACCCAGUGCUAGACACCCAAUGCUAGACACCCAGUGCUAGACACCAAGUGCUAGACACCAGCCGCAGCUGCAGCUGUCAUGGUCCCCCAUGCGGGAGCACGGAGACAUUCUGUGUACCGGGAUGAUCUGCUACAUGCCCAGACUGGAUAAGUUCGGGCUCAGGCACGAAGAAUCUGGCACCGAUCAUAUGGAAGUGCUUGGCCGGAGCGCCAGUAGAAAGAAACUUCAUCACAUCGAUAUUCACCUGCAUGCCCUGUUUGCAGCCGUUGAGCAUGGUCAUGUUGAGAAGGCCAAAACCAUCUUGGAAUCAACCGACGUUGAUGUUAACAGUGUUAACAGUGAUGGCCUCACCCCACUGGAUGUGGCUGUGUUGUCCAACAACAGAGGACUGACCAAGGUGCUGCUUACUCAGGGUGCCAGGGAGGGCAACAAGUUUGGCAGCCCUGACAAGCUGUUGGCACACCUGCGCCAGCUGGCAUGUGAGGCUGAGCGGAGGGUGGCGGAGCUGGGCGGAGGUGCAGGGGAGGAUGUGCCCCGCUCUGCCCCGCCGUACCCAGCGACUAGUGACAAGACUUUGGCCCUGUGGGAACGGAGGUGUAAAGGGCUCAACAAGAUGAUUCAGGGCUUCGAACAGGCUCGUCCUCCAGAUGUUCCAUUCCUAGUAGCAGUUGAUGUCACUGGUACCAACUCCGUCACUGUAAGAUAUCAAGAACCAGAUAACUCUGACAGUCCUCCUUGCACCAAAUUUAGAGUGGAAUGGAGUUCAGAUCCAGAGUUUUCCACGAUCGUCGGCCACAGGGAAGUGACGGAUGUGAAGAAGACAGAGCUGAGCGUGGACGGACUGACUCACGGACAACGUUACUACUUCCGAGCGGCGUGCGGGAACCUGCGCGGCUACUCCCACUACAGACUGAGCCAGCCAGACUGUGUCAUACCCUCAAGUUGGCGAGACGUAACAGGCAGGGAGGAGAGAUUACCUCCAGGAGGGUUGGCACUACUGGACCGACUGUUUGCGGAAGUCCGCAGCUCCCGGCCGGACCUCAAGGGACUGCCAAGUGACCAGGGGCCUGGCGACACACCACUGGGGCAACGGCGCAAGAAGACCACCAUCAAACAGCUGUUCACAGCGGCCAGCAAGUUCCAGAAACAUCUGAGAAGAGGAGUGUUCCUAUCUUGUCUACUCUACCAUGAGGACAAAGUGCUGGUGACCAAUGAAGACUUCCUGCCUGUCAUCGAGGUGGACGAGACAUACCCGGGGUCCAUCUACCAUGACUUCCACUGGCUUCUCAAGGUGGCCUGUACCUGGGAUGAUGUGAAGUGGUUGCGUCAGGACAUGGAGAAGUCACUGAGUUCAUCAGCCGUCCACUUCCGCAUCAAGCUGCUGCAAGCCGCAGCCCAGAUGCAGACGGCGCUGAGUAUCCAGGACCUCGGUCAGUUAUACCACAAACCUCUGCGGGACUCCGAGGGUACAGUGGUCAUCUGUACAGUCAAUUACGUCGGAUCUCCCAAGACCGUCAGCGUGCUCAACUCCAGGUGGCUACCACUAGGCAAGCUCAGCAAGCGAGCAGUGCCAGGCCCAGACGCCAACAUUGCUGAGAUACUCAUGUCUACCAUACAGGAGCAAAUUACAUAUCACCAAGUAAGCAGCAUCCGUCUACCUAGAGGACUGUACUUGGCCUACCUGAAGAUGAGAAGUUGUGUAGAUCUGCUGCAAGUCCUCGUACCAGCCAAGAGUCCCAAUGUUCCUCCCCACUGCAAGAUAAGGGACAACCCUCAUGUCACUGCGGAGGAAUGGGAGGCGCUGUUGGGAGGGGAGAGAUGUGGACUGAUAUCAGAACAUCAGAAGGCGUUUGUAGAGCAGGUAGCAGCGACUGCGAGGAGACUGUUCACGUACAUGGAGGUGUCUACGGACGACGCUGCAUUGCACAGGUUGUACGAUCUGGAGACAGUAGAGAUAUCCCCGGAUGUCAGUCUGUUGAUGGUCGUACCUCCAGUGGACUCUGCAUGUUCAGCUCCGGGACAACGGGAAACUCUGUUACAGCGACCCGACCUGCUGCCUCUACCUGUACAAGUGUUUGAGAUGGUCCAUCUAGGCACAUACAGACACCAGAUAGUGCAGAGGUACAGCAGACUCAGCUGCAUCAUAGAGCUGGACAUGGCUUUGGCCAACCACAGCCAACGAGAGGCGUUCUCCAACACAGAACUGACCGUAGCCAAGGAGCGCCUGGCCAGACUAGAGGCGCUGCAAGCGCAACUCAACACCGCGUGGAAGCAGUGUCGUUGGUUGCUGGACGUCCUCUCCUUCGCCAGAGACAGAGCAACUCACACUCCGUCCACCAUGGGGCGACUGCUGGCCUGCCAUCCCAAGCGGUCGCACGACCACAUCGACUGUCAGAACGGGUUACUGCAGCCGCCGGAUCCGAAAGCAGUUAAGUCACGUGGCUCGUGGCCCGGCCCCGGCACCGGUCGUACUCUAGGUGCUGUCACGGCGGAGCUGAGCCGCUCAGAACAACACCUAAGCAACAAUUCUCCCCCUCCACCACCUCUACCCCCGCCGAGACCACAGCCUACCUCCCCUCCACCUCAGACACAGCUGUACCCUGCAGUGUCUGAGAAUGUGCGACUGCCGCCUUCCCGCAGCGAGGACACUCUGGUUCACAACAGAGGCUCACAGCCCCGGCCUAGGUGUAGUGUUAGUGUCACUACGUCACCCCUGCUCUCCUCCAGACCUCAGUUUGGCAGUGGCAGUCUUCACUCUCUUUCGUCUGAUGACUCCGCCUCUGCCAGUGUUAUGGCUGGGAGUCACAGCAAGAGUGAGGGGGAAGAGGAAGGAGCUACUGUACCCAACCCUUCACCUGGGAUACUGCAGGUGUAUGCAGCAUAUGACACUGGGCUGGCGGCUGGUACAUCACUCAAGCUGCACGUGUCUCCCCGUACCUCCGCCCGCGAGGUGGUCGACCUAGUGGUCAAGCAGCUCAACAUGGCCGUUGUGCUGAAGGGCAAGGACGGACCCAUCUACCCUGCGGACCAGCUGCACAACUUCUGUCUGGUGGCAGUCAUCGGAGCUAGAGAGAGAUGUCUCAGGGAUGACUUCAAGCCUCUGCAGCUUCAAAACCCGUGGAAGAAGGGGCGACUGUACGUAAGGCAGAAGCACGACGUCCUCGCGGCGCUGGAGCACAGCUCACGACAUUCCGCCUUCUUAUAGGUCAACACUGUGAUACAGGGGCGAUAAAAUACGAGCUUCGUUCAAACCGGUUGAAAAUGUUCAUAUUUGCACCAGAAAAUGUCCUAAGUAUAGUUUUGAUACUGUUUUACGGCUAGAGUCAGAUUCUUUAAAUAGCAAUGUUAUACAAAGUGUUCUUUGUCAGCGAUGUACUGUCUAAGAAAUGUUGCCAGUGGGUUGUUGCAAAUUAGUUUUCAUCCAUAUUUUUUUAACCCGAUCUAUCCGAGUAACACCAAUAUGAAUAGUGUAAAUAAGUGUUUUGUGAUUGUAGGAUCUUUGGAAUUUUCAGAGACAAUCAAUGUGGACCGAGUAAGGCGUUCUCUCGUCUGUAGUGACAGUCAACUAAGUUCCAAGACUAGAGUUUUGUAUAUACAUGUAACUUAGAAAUUUAAUUUAUAAUUGAUGAGAUUUGAAGCAUUUAUUUAUAGUU